AUGAGAAACAGUAUUGAUCAACCAUCAAGAGAAUAUUUGUCCAACAAGGCCCAAGAUCAAGGACUCGAAGUUAUUGAAUCCAAUGAAUUAUCGAAUAUGAGACAUGAAAUUGAACAACCAUCAGUUAAAUAUUUGAAAUCAAAGGCUCACAACGUUGGAAUGGAUUUAAUUGCAUCAGAAGAAUUAUCAAGUUUGAAAGCUACUAUUGAUUCUCCAAGUUUAGAAUUCCUUGAACUGAAAGCAGCUCAAAAGGAUAUGAAAUUACUCAAUAUCAAUGAAUUAGAACAUUUAAAGAAAUUGGCUGAGGAUCCAGAAAUUGAUCAUAUUGAGAAAUUCGCUACCAAGAAGGAUUUAGUGGUGUUACCUUUAGUUCAACAUCAAGAAUUAAUUGAAAAGCUGGCCAAUCCCGACCAAACUCACAUUGAAAAUGUCGCUUCCAAGAGAGAUUUAUCUGUAAUUCCAUUAGUUUCAUAUAAAGAACUUGUUGAAAAGUCCGAAAAUCCAGAUAUUCCACAUAUUGAAGAAGUAGCAGCCAAGAGAAAUUGCAAAGUAGUACCAAAUUAUGACUAUGAUAAAUUAGUUGCAUCUGCUGAAAUUGUCAAGAAUCCACCAGCUGAAUUCAUCAAGUCUCAUGGAGCUGAAUUGGGUUUCAAAGUGAUUGCUAUUGACGAAUUUAAUGAAUUAUCACACUUAGAAGGUCAUGCAAAGGAACAUGGACAAACUCUUAUUUCCAAUGAAGAAUAUAAGGAAUUAAUGGUCAAGGCAAACAAAUCGUUAGAUGAAAUGGCGGAAGAGAAUCAAAUGAUUGUUCUUGAUAAGAAUUCAUUCGAAGAAUUAAGUUCGAAGGCUAAUAAGAGUUUGAAUGAGUUUGCGGAAGAAAGUGGAAUGGUUGUCUUGGAAAAGGAUAAACAUGCAGAAUUGGUAAAUAAGGCUAAUAAGACUUUGGAUGAAAUUGCUGCAGAAAGCAAUUUGGUAAUGCUUCCAGAAGCUGCAUACGAAGAUUUAUCAAAGAAAGCUAACAGAACUGUAGACGAUUUAGCUGAAGAAGGUGGAAAGAUUGCAGUGGAUAAGACUCAGUAUGAACAAUUGGUUGUUAAAGCAAACAAAUCUUUGGAUGAAUUAGCAGAAGAGAAUGGAAAGAUUUCAGUAGAUAAAGAUUUCCAUCAAGAAUUGGUAAGCAAGGCAAAUAGGUCGUUGGAUGAAUUUGCAGAAGAAUCAGGAAAGGUAGCCAUCGAUAAGAAUGAGCAUCAAAAUCUUAUUGUUCAAGCUGAAAAAUCCUUGGAAGAAUUAGCUGAAGAAGUCCAAAAGGUUGUUCUUACAAAGAGCGAUCACGAAGAAUUGUUGACUAGAGCAAACAAGAGUCUUGAAGAUCAUGCAAUGGAAAGCGGAAUGAUUGCUAUUCUGAACGAUGAUUAUGAAACCUUGGUAUCCAAGUCAAAUAGAACUAUUGAACAAUUAGCUGAAGAGAGUCACAUGAUUGCACUUAGUAACGAAGAUCACACUGACUUAGUCAACAGAGCGAACAAAUCCUUACAGGAAAUGGCACAAGAGAACAAUAUGAUUUUGUUGAACAAAGAAGAAUACGAAGAUCUUAUCAGAAAGGUUGAUAAGACAUUCGAUGAACAUGCAGCAGAAAGAGGAAUGGCAAUCAUUUCAGUUGAUCAACACAAGAAAUUGGAAGAGACUGCUGGCAGAUCAUUGGAAGUUCAUGCAGAUGAAGAAGGCAAAUGUGUUAUUUCCAAAGACGAAUUAUCAUCAUUCAAAGAACAGAUUGAGAAUCCUACUUUAGAAUAUUUGAAGGAAUGUUGCAGAAGACAUUUGAAGACACUUGUACUGGAAGAAGAAUACGAAUUACUCCAACUGAAGGCAAACCAACCAAUAGAAGAGAAGGCAGAAGAAGCUGGCUUAAAGGUUAUUCCAAUCCAAGAAUUGAAAGACCUUGAAAGAAAGAUUGAAUCUCCAGAUAUUGAAUAUAUCAAAUCCAAGGCAUCUGGUUUCGGCUACGAAACUGUUGAUAGCGAAGAAUACAGCAAGCUUGUUGCUUAUUUCCAUAAACCAGUUGAAGAGAUUGCAAAGGAAGCCAACUUAGUUCCGCUUGAAAAAGAGAAAUAUGACGAUUUGAUUGAAAAGGCAGAAACUCCAUCGUUAGACCAUAUCCACACAAUUGCAUCAAUACACAAUCAUGUUGCCAUUCCAAAAGAAGAGUAUGAUCACCUUAAUUCUAGUAUCAAAUCACCAGAUUUGUCAUUCAUUGAAGAAAAAGCACGCGAUCACGAACGUGUCGUUGUUCCAGUUAGUGAGUACAGAAAAUUGGUUGAAGACAUUCAAGAACCAAUCGAACAGAAGGCUGCCAAGAAGAAUAUGACAUUGAUACCAAUUGCUGAUCUUCAAGGUUUGAAAUCAAAAUUAGAUUCACCCGAUUUGGAUUAUUUGAGAGAUAAAGCUAGACAAUUAGAGUCAGUGGUUGUACCAGAAUCAGAAUUUAACUCAUUGACCAAGUUAGCAAACGAGAGUUUAGAAGAAAGGGCAGAAAAAUCAGGAAUGCGUGCAAUUGAACAAGAGAAAUUAGAUACUUUAGAAAGAGCUAUUGAAAAUCCAUCUGUUGAGUUCUUGAAAGAAAAGGCAUCUAGUCAUGGUUUGGAAGUUAUUGCUGUUGAUGAAGUUUCGAAAUUAAGACAAGAAUCCUCUGAUCCAUCUAUUGAACAAAUAGUUGCUCACGCAGAAAGGAAAGAACAUGUUGUCGUUCCAAAAGAAGAAUUUAUGAAUAUGGAACAUAGAGCUAAUAAACCAAUCGAGGAAAAAGCAUCAGAAGCCUCGUUGAAACUUAUGACUGUAGAUGAAUACAAUGAAUUGGAAAGGUUAGCAAAGGAAUCUUUGGAAGAAAGAGCUGCAAAGGGAAAGAAGCAAGUUGUUGACAACGAUGAAUUGAAUAGAUUGCAACAAAUCUCUACAAAUCCAACAAUUGAUCAAAUUAUGGCUUUUGCCAAUGCUAAACAGCACAUUGUUAUUUCUGAAGAUGUUUACACUGAAAUGCAACAAGAAUUAGAUCGUUCAUUGGAAGAUAAGGCUCAUUCUAAGGGUUUGAAGGUGGUUCCAGUUGGAGUAUUCACUGACUUAUCUAAGCAUCAUGAAUCACCAUCUUUUGAAUUCCUUAAGGAUAAAUCGCAAAAUGCUGGUUAUGAGAUGGUCUCCAAGAAAGAUUUUGAAAACUUAUCAAACGCUGCAAAUGAAUCACUUGAAGUGAAAGCAGCAAAGGAAAACAAAGUGGCAAUUCCAAAGAGUGAAUAUGAGGAAAGUGUUGUGAACCCAAGCAUUGAAAAAUUGAAGGAAUAUGCACAACGUAAUGACCAUGUUAUUAUCCCUGUAUCUGACUUCAAUGGAUUAGAAUCCCUUGCAAAGGAAUCAAUAUACGACAAGGCUGAGAAAGAGAAUGUGAGGGUUUUAUCAUUGACUGAAUAUGACGACUUGAAUGAUAGAGUAGCUCAUCCACCCUUAGAUCUUGUUUCUAAGAUUGCUGAAGAAAAUGAUCAAUUGGUAAUUUCAAAAUAUCAAUAUGAUGAAUUGAGAAACCUUGCAAAUGAAACUGUUGAGGAUAAACUAGUCGGAACCGAUUUGAAAUUAUUGAAGGUUAGUGAAUAUGAUGAAUUAUUAGUUAAGGCACAUAAGCCAUCUAUCGAACAUAUUGAAAAGAAUGCUGCUGCAAUUGGCUUCUCUGUUGUAGCUGCUGACGAACUCACCGAUUUGAAGAGAAAGGCUAUGGAGUCGCUUGAAGAAAAAGCAUCUGCAUCAGGAUUUGUGGUUGUGAAUAAAUCAGAGUAUGAGUUAAUUCAAUCAGAAUUGGAUAAAUCUUUGGAAGAUAGAGCAGCUGAGGGUAACUAUGUUUUGGUAAAUAAGAAUGAGCUUGAAGAAUUACGUUAUAAUAGUGGACAAUCAUUGGAAGAAAGAGCUAAAAUGGAAGGAAUGAUUGUUAUGACCACAGAUGAAUUUAAUGAUUUAUUCGAUUCGAAUGCUACAUUAGAGAGAAGAGUUAAAGAAUUGGAAAUUUCCGGUGACGAGAAACAGAUUUCAAGAAUUAAGAAGGAGUUGGCAAAUGUUGGUUAUUUUGUAUUACCUAUUAGUGAAUAUAAUAAAUUACAAGAAGGCAACAACAAAUCAUCAGAAGAGGAGAAAUUUGAAGAUGUUGAACCAUCAUUUAUUUUGACUCCUGAAGAAUUGCAAAAUUCAGCUCUGAGAAUGGAUAUGGUUAUUAUGACAAAGGAAGAAUAUGCCGAAUUAUCUCAAGUUGACCAACAGAAGAUAGAAGAAUAUGCAAAGAAUUCUUCACUUGUAUUGGUACCAGAAGUUGAAAUUCUCAAAUUGAAGCAAACAUUGGCAGAAAAAGAUUCCGAAAUCCAUCAAUUGAAGAAUCAAGUUGGUAAUGAAAUUUCAAAGGAAGCUGUUAUUAAUAAACUGGAUGAAUUUGGGUUAGUCUUUUUAGAGAAGGAUGAAUACCAUGAAUUGAAGUCACUUUCUAUGACCUCCAAACAUCCAAUUAAUGAUGAAUCAGAAUUAGAAACUAAGGCACGCGAACUCAACAAGGUUAUUAUUGACAGAGAUGAAUAUGAAGAAUUAGAAUAUGCCAUUGAAGCCCUUAAUGAUAGAGAAAGAAUCGCCGAUGCUGCUAAGACAUUAGGAUUAUUGGCUAUACCAGAAACUGCAUAUGUUGCAACCACAACUCAUCCAAAACCAGAAACAACACCUACUGUAAAGGUUGUUCCAACCAGUUAUUUCAAUCAAUUGUUGAAAUUGAAAACAUCAUCACUUGAGAAAGCUUCUGAUGAAACUUUCAAGAAACAUGCCGAGGCUCGUGGAUUUAUUCAUAAAGAUGAUGUUCCUGCACCAGCACCAGCACCACCAAUUAAACAUGAACUUGAUACCAUUAGGGAACGUCAUAGUACAUCCGAUCUGAACGUUUCAAGAUACAUACCACCACAACCUCAAAGAAAUGCACCAUCAUCACCAGAAAGUCCUAUUGUUGCCAGAAAAGGAGGUUUGAGUCGUCUUCCACAAACUUCAACUGUUAGAUCAGAUUUGUCGGGACAUUUAUCACCUUCGUCUGGAAGUAUCAAUGAUUCAUUAAAAUCCAAUGCCAUGUUUUCAAUUGCUACUGAUGUAUCACUUACUGAUAAAGUUAUGAUUCCUGCAAUUACACAAGUUAUGAUUGGAGAAUAUCUAUUCAAAUAUUAUAGGAAAUUGGGUGCAUUUAGUGCUAUUUCAGAUACUAGACAUGAAAGAUAUUUCUGGGUCCAUCCAUAUUCAUUGACACUUUAUUGGUCUGAGAAUAAUCCAGUAUUGGCAAUUUCUGGUCUGAUUAAGACUCGUUCUGCAGCAAUUGUGAAAGUUGAGAGUGUAGAUGAUAAUAAUCCAUUACCUACUGGAUUAUAUUUCAAGAGUAUUGUGGUUCAUUCUACAGAUGGUAAGAAGAUUAAGAUUACUUGUGCAACUAGACAACGUCAUAAUAUAUGGUAUAAUGCCUUACGUUAUUUGAUUAGUAGAAAUUUGGAUGAAUUGACCGUUGAUGAAGAAGUAAAUGCUGAUGAAUUGAAAUCAUUUGAUGAAACCCUGCCAAGAUCAGAAUCACUGAGGAAUUUACAAAGUUUGAUGGAAACUGGUGAUCGUCGUGCUUUCCCAAGACCACCUUCGAAGAGAAUGAGUAGCCUGGUUGGGAAUUUAAGAGAUGGAUCAACAGGAGGAUCAGGAGCUGGUGGAAGUAGUUCAAGGAGAGUAUCUAGAUUUAGUUCUGGGAGAAAGUGA